AUGGACUCGUUAGACACGCUUCACGGCUUUUCAGAAUGCAUCGGACAAGUAGGCUCAUCCAUAUGUCAGGCAACUGAUCUUCUUCUGAUGUCCCCUCUGAUGGGUCAAGAUCCGAUCAUGGUGCAUGGCGGUUUCGACGGAGACUCCAACACCUUUCACCAUUCAUUACCAGAUGGACAAUUGGGAUUACCUCUUGGACCAGAACCCAGUAAUAUCUCCUGGGCAUAUGACGCGAAUACUGCGCUCGACGGGUGCGUAUUGUCGGACUCUUGGACUAUCAACAAGGUGCCCUCUACGAGUUUCCUAGUUGAGCCCACAAUUGAUUAUCAUCCGUUCGAAUCUCCAAAGCCCAGUCGUGACUGUGAAGAACUAUCGCCAGCAUCCCAAGAAUAUCUGGAUGAAGCGCAAUACCUCAGCUGCAGUUGCUACGAUCAAACCAUAGGCGAGCUCUUCCGAUCGAGCACCAAGGCCGACUGGCGGGGUUUAUCAAGUAUCGAUAGUAUCCUCGCCUGUCAGAAAGAGCUAUUGAUACACACCGAGACCAUUCUUCAAUGUAAAUUGUGCUCACAGUCCGAAGCUCAGAUCAAUUUGCUCAUGGUGAUUAUCGUCACCAUCGACAGCCUCCUUACAUCACUCGAUGCUGCUGCCCCCUUAUACAGCUCGGGUGCGGAAGAAGAGAUACCGGCCAUGGGGAGUGAGGACGGAUGUAGAGCCCUCAUUGAUGUCAGCGAGGGCUUCAAAUCUCACAAGGAAGUUUGUCCAUUACUAGUGGGGGAGUUUCGAGUUCCCACGGAUGAUAAAGAAUUUUUCAUUCGACAAUUGCUGCACGCGAGACUCUCGAUGCUUAUGACAAUGGUACGACGCAUUCGUACCUGCAUGCAACAGCACUUAGCCUCGGCACUCUCGCGAGGCAGAUUUUUGAUGAUCAUGGAAACGGACAGGCGUCUGCAGCUCAUCAUGAUGAAGGUCAAGAUAGCAACGGUCUGA